CCCACGUCUAUGAGUACUAUCCCCUUGACGACAGACUUUCCAAGCUACGUACUCCAAUGCCGCCCUCGGCCCUCCGCUCCCCCAGUCUCCUGCAGUCUUCCCCAGUUCAGCGGGACACGAAGCAUCGAAAUUCGUAAACCAAGCCUUCCAAGACUUGAUCCGCGGACGGGAUCGGCAUUGCAUGAAGGUGCGGGGAUGGAGACGGACAGCUAUUUCUUUGCUGGCUCCUCUCAGCGGCCGUCUUGCGCAAUCCCCUUCCAACAACAUUACCCUUCUCCACGAAGCCGCUGAUCUCGAGUUACGAGCUGUCCCUAUAUCCUCUAUUUCUCUAAGACAUGAUCAACUCAGUGAACCUUAGGCGGGUGUUUCAAAAACGGUUCACCUGAACACUCACUACCUAAGCCCCUAAGCCUUACCCAUGAGCUAGGUACGCAGGACGUAUUCGGACGCGCACAUGCCCAGCUUGCCAUCUCGGUACUACAUCACCUCCGGAUAGAGGCCCUAUAGGUUGGUUGCAUCGGGUUACUAAGUGUAACAAAACGCACAAGUGGUUUGUCUCUAACUCCUGAUGGAGACGGUCAAAUCAAUAAUAGGCCGAGGCCUGCUGCCGAGCGACGGGGACGGCCCGUUCCUCGCCGCCGAAUAUUUUACCGAGCCUUCUUGGAUUGUUGCAUCUGCCAGAUCCUCUUCUAGUUGGGCCGCGGCCUGGUACCUUCAGUUGGGGUCCUCAUCGCGGAUUCUCUUAUUUACGAGCGUCGUCUGCUCCCUCUCUCUCACCGUGGCAUGGCGCCGUGGAGCAUUGAAUCGAAGCACGAUGAUUCGAGCUGUAAUCAUGAUCUUCCUCACCCUGCUCCUCGUUUUCCUCUCGGAAGAAAAUGCUCUGGUCACCGCCGAAGAUGAAUCGGACGUCGGCCAACCCGUGAUUCCCAAUGUCAUCGACCCCGAGGCUGUGAACCCCCAGUCUGUGUGUCCAGGGUACACGGCUUCCAACGUGCGGACCACCAACAACGGAUUAACGGCAGAUCUUACACUGGCGGGGGAUGCCUGCAAUGUCUAUGGGACUGAUAUUGAAGCUCUAAGCCUCACCGUUGAAUAUCAGGCGGCAGAUAGGCUACAUGUCGAAAUCCUACCUCGCUAUGUUGGUCCCGAGAAUUACACAUGGUUCAUUCUACCCGAAGAGCUGAUCCCCAAGCCACAUGCCGAAGGGGACGACGACUACGCCUCGCGUAGCGAUCUUGAAUUCUCUUGGAACAACGAGCCAACCUUCUCUUUCAAAAUUACUAGGAAGAGCAGCCAAGACGUAUUGUUCUCCACCGAAGGCUCCGAGUUGGUGUACGAGGACCAGUUCAUUGAAUUUGGAUCAUCCUUGCCUGAGAGCUAUAACCUCUACGGCCUUGGUGAGGUUAUCCAUGGCUUCCGGCUCGGCAACAACCUCACCCGGACCCUUUUCGCUGCGGACGUGGGUGAUAUCAUAGACGCAAAUAUUUACGGGAAUCAUCCCAUAUAUCUCGAUACACGUUAUUUUGAAGUAGAUCAGGAUACCGGAGCAUUGAAGUACGCCCCUAACGCGACGGAUAAGUCGGUUCAGUAUAAAUCAUACACCCAUGGUGUCUUCCAACGCAAUGCACAUGCGCAGGAGGUCUUGCUACGGGAAUCCAACAUUACUUGGAGAGCCCUCGGCGGCGACAUUGAUCUCUACUUCUACCAAGGCCCAUCUCAAGACAAAGUCACCAAGUCGUACCAGAAGAGCGCCAUCGGAUUGCCGGCUAUGCAACAGUAUUGGACCUUCGGGUAUCACCAGUGCAGAUGGGGCUACGCAAAUUGGAGCCACCUUCAAGACGUCAUCAACAACUUCGCGAGGAACGAGAUUCCCCUCGAAACCAUAUGGAGCGAUAUCGACUAUAUGAAAUCCUACCGGGACUUCGAAAACGAUCCGAUCAACUUCCCGUACAGUGAGGGCGCCGACUUUAUAUCUCAGCUACACAAGAAUAAUCAGCACUACGUCCCUAUUAUUGAUUCGGCUAUCUAUGCCCCCGACCUUGAUAACGAGGACGACGCCUACCCGUCUUUCAAUCGCGGUCUGAAGAAUGACGCCUUCUUGCUGAACCCGGACGGAUCCGUCUAUAUUGGGAUGGUCUGGCCGGGCUACACUGUCUUCCCAGACUGGAUCGGCUCUCUCUUCAACGGCACUGGAGCGAAUGAAUGGUGGAUCUCGGAAGUUGCCGAAUACUUUAACAAGAUAAGAUUCGACGGGAUAUGGAUCGAUAUGUCGGAGGUCGCAUCGUUCUGCGUCGGUAGUUGUGGUAGUGACAACAGACAUAUCGACCCUGUCCACCCUCGUCUCCCAUCACGAGACGACAAAAAAACCACGGAAACAAUUCCUGCGAAAGCGUCAGCGUCCGCAAAAGAUUCAUAUCUUCGCACGACCCCAACUCCAGGCAUUCGUAACGUCAAUUGGCCCCCGUAUACCAUAAACAAUUUCCACGGUGAUAUGGCCGUUCACGCUGUCAGCCCUAACGCAACCCACCACGGUGGUAUUCUGGAGUACGAUGUUCAUAACUUGUAUGGACAUCAGAUCCUAAACGCUACUUACCAUGCGCUCCUGAACAUCUUUCCCACAAAGCGGCCAUUCAUAAUCGGGAGGUCUCAAUUCGCUGGCUCUGGAAAAUGGGCUGGUCACUGGGGCGGUGAUAAUUACUCUCUCUGGGCGUACAUGUUCUUUACCAUCCCCCAAGCGCUCUCCUUCUCCCUUUUCGGUAUUCCCAUGUUUGGCCCUGACACGUGUGGGUUCUCAAACGACGCCGACGCGGAGCUGUGCUCUCGUUGGACACAGCUUUCUGCAUUCUUCCCUUUCUACCGGAACCAUAACGUGAUCGGAGCCGCAAGCCAGGAGCCAUACGUGUGGCCGGAGGUGGCGGAGGCCGCGCGAACAGCCAUGAAGAUCCGCUAUGCGCUACUCCCGUACAUAUACACUACCUUCUACCUCAGCCAUUCGACCGGCUCCACGACAAUGCGUGCCCUAGCUUGGGAGUUCCCUAAUGAGCCCUGGCUUGCGGAUGCCGAUCGACAGUUCCUUCUGGGCGAUGCCAUUUUGGUGACUCCCUGCUUGGUUCAGGGUGCCACCACCGUUGAUGGCGUUUUCCCGGGGGUGGGAUCAGGCACCGUCUGGUACGACUGGUACAACCAGACGGCCAUCACGGGCGUCGCAGCUGGGCAAAAUGUCACUAUUGGCGCGCCGCUGGGUCACAUCCCGGUCUAUAUUCGAGGUGGGAGUGUGAUACCAUUACAGGAACCGGGUCUUACUACCGCGGCAGUCAGAGCGAGCCCUUGGAGCCUGCUCAUAGCUCUAGAUGGUAACGGCCAUGCUAGAGGGGGGCUCUAUAUUGACGACGGCGAGAGCCUCACCCCCAACUCUACCACGUGGGUUGAUUUCCUGGUCGAAGACUCGUUGUUGAAAGCAUCCCCGCGGGGAGACUUCGUAGAUACGAAUGCGCUGAGCAACGUGACGAUUAUGGGAGCAGACAGCUCCAUCUCUAGGGUUACAUUGAACGGGAAGGAGAUCGACGCCAGUGCGUGGGAUCUCAAGAAGGCAGAUGGUGCCCUGAGGAUCACGGGCUUAAAUGCGUUGACGGCGGGCGGCGCGUGGAGCCGGGAGUGGACUCUGAGCUGGUCCUAACCCCAACCAGAACGACGGCUUAGAAAUAAGCCGAGACACUGUUCACACAUUCCCGUCAGCAACAGAUCGAUGGAUUAUACGUAAGCAUCCGUUGCCAGGAGCGCAACCAAUCGGAGUGUCAACAUACGGGCAGAGUCUUCCUAAUCGGGCAAUAUACGUGGAUGACGUUACCUGGGAGUUGUCAGUUGAAGACGGUGCCGACUCGGUAUUCAGUCAAGUCUCGUCCUCGAUUCGUGUUCGAAUACUCGAGGUGGAGCGAGGGAGGUCUCAGUAUGAGUAUUUAUGAGUUGUAUUGAUAUUUAGGUAUCUGAGUCCCAAAUAGCCAGCGCCGCACAAUUCACAUUCUGCUAAAACAGCAUACACCCGUUACCCAGGUCCGGUUACACCCAAAUAGAACCACA